AUGGUGUUACCGAAGAGCAAGAACGCCGUCGGGCUGGGCAACAGUCUCAUGAACGACCGGUUCGGCAAGGGAAAGUCGAACAUGCAUCGCGGGAACCAGUCGAGCAAGGCCAUCACGCGAACCGACGCCCACGGAAAUGAGUAUAUUACCAACGAGAAGAAGGAGGCUGAAUGGGUCAAGAUGCGAAGUGUCACAGAGCAAGGCGCGCUCGACGAGUUCCUUGCGACCGCAGAAUUGGCUGGCACAGACUUCACGGCGGAGAAGAUGAACAACGUCAAGAUCAUUCAUACCGACCAGAAGAAUCCGUACCUUCUGAGUCGCGAAGAAGAGAGAGGCGUGGUCAGAAAGCAGAAUGCAAAGCGGGCGCGUCUGACAGUCCCUCGGCGACCACCGUGGGACGAAAACACGACGGCAAGAGAACUGGACGAGAGGGAGAAGGAGGCACUCUUGCAGUGGCGACGAGGCUUGGCAGAGCUACAGGAGGUCGAUGAUCUGCUCAUGACACCUUUCGAGCGAAAUCUGGAAGUGUGGAGGCAGUUGUGGCGUGUGAUUGAAAGAUCAGAUCUCGUGGUACAGAUUGUGGACGCGAGAAAUCCGCUUCUAUACCGAUGCGAAGAUCUGGAGCGUUACGUCAAAGAACUGGAUGGAGGAAAGAAGAGGAAUUUGCUUCUUGUCAACAAGGCAGAUAUGAUGACCUUGGAGCAGAGGCGAAUCUGGGCCGAGUUCUUCCAUGAGAGAAAUAUCGCGUUUAGGUUCUUUUCGGCCGAGCUGGCAAGGGAAAUGAACGAAGCGAGAGAGGACGGACAUGAAGAAGUUGGCCACAGGAACGCAUUCGAUCAGUUGCAAGACGAGGGCGAGGAUGAUGAGGAUGAUGAAGAUGAAGAAUAUGAAGAUGACGAGGAUGACGAGGAUGACGACGAUCAAAUCCAUGAUAGUGACGUCGAGGAGGAAAUCGAAGAAGCAGAUGGAAAUGUCCUCGCAAAGGAGGCAAAGAAGAUUGAUCUCCAAGACCAGGCUGAGGACGACGAGGAGUGGGCUGACGAAGAAAGCGUCGAUCCAGAACCCAACGCCGUUCCCCACUCCGACCCUACGCAUCUUUCUCUCGAGGAGUCAGUUCGUAUCUUGACGACUGAAGAUCUCGAAGCACUCUUCCUUGAGCACUCGCCCGCAGCACCUGCAUCUUCAGAUCCCGAUUCUCCACAACGAAAAACGUCAAUAGGACUAGUUGGCUAUCCCAACGUCGGAAAGUCGUCCACCAUCAACGCUCUCCUAGGCGCAAAGAAGGUGUCCGUCUCCGCGACCCCAGGUAAGACAAAGCACUUCCAGACUAUCCACCUGUCGCCACGAGUCAUCCUCUGCGAUUGUCCUGGUCUCGUCUUCCCCAAUUUCGCGACCACCAAGGCGGAGCUUUUGUGCGCUGGUGUGUUGCCAAUUGAUCAGAUGCGAGAAUACACCGGCCCUGCGGCUCUUAUCGCGCAACGUAUUCCCAAGCACUUCCUCGAGGCUAUAUAUGGUAUCAAGAUCAUCACACGACCUCUCGAAGAAGGCGGUACUGGGACGCCUACUGGAGAAGAAGUGCUUCGAUCCUUUGCGAGAGCUCGGGGUUUCUGGACCACAGGUCUUGGUCAGCCGGACGAAAGCCGUGCGGCAAGGACUGUGUUUAAGGAUUACGUGAAAGGCAAGCUGCUUUACUGCCACCCGCCACCGACUUCUCCACCGAUUGAUGGCAAACACUUCAACCGGGAACUCUACGACUUGGCUCAUCUACCUCAAAAGCGUCGAGCGCAAUUGGCUGCAUCCGAUAUCAUGUCUCUGACAGGCAGCGAGGAUCCUUCGCUCAUGGACGCUGAAUCUGAGAUUGCAGCUUUACCUCAACCACAGGGCAGGAAAGGCACGAGCCUGGACAAGGCGUUCUUCGCUCAAGGCCAGGGAGACGGCAAUGUUGUUCGACCGUUCCAUUACAAGUACAGCGAACAAGGGAAGCAGUUGACGGGACGAAAGCUGAAGGCCGUGACUGCGCUGGAGAAGGGUCUCGACCCUGCGGAAGUCCGAAUGAACUCGAAGAAACACAACAAGGCAAACAAGAAGGCAGCGAAGAAGGUGCGAGCGCCUGGUGUAGCAGCAUAUGAUGAAUGA